AUUCAAACUUCCGCCAUAGCUUGUGUGUGUGCUGUUGUCAUCGAUCUGCUGCUCUCUUUGGAGACAACGGGUCGGUUUCCAUUUGUCUGUUGUCUAUCGAUUAUUCACUUUUCCACGUUCUUUUCUCAGCGCAGCUAAUUUCAAAACGAAGCCUACCGCAAAAUGGAAGAAAAUGAAGAUAUUUGUGGAGUCGCGGUGGAAAAUAAAAAGGCGAAGCUUCGCAGGGUGUCAUCGCGGACCUCCACCUCCAGUGUCAUCAGCGCCGCGGAGCCUUCUCCACAAACACUUCGGAGAAACAACUCCAAGAAACCUCCACUGCAGAGAGGAAGCUCCUUCACCUUCCUCACCCCAGGGACGCCGUGGGACUUCAGUCUGAAGAGAAAGCGCAAAGAGAAGGAUGAUGACACAGUCAGCUUGUCCAGCUUCGACCUGAAGGAACCUAAUAACAAGCGUGUGCGACCACUGGCUAAAGUUUCUUCACUUGUCAACCUGAUUUCACCUUCGAAGAACGGAGCAGUUCGCCGCUUUGGUCAGACCAUCCAGUCCAUCUCAUUACGUGGUGAUUCCAAGUCACCGGGGAUGUCCCUUAGAGCCAGUAGCAAGACAGCAGGUCCCACCCCAACCAAACGGAGAAACAGCACGCUGUGGUCCGAGACACUGGAUGUUCACCAGAAGAGCACGUUCUCCACCAAAGAGAUCAAGAGACAAGAGGCUAUUUAUGAGCUUUACAGAGGAGAGCAGGACCUCAUUGAGGAUCUCCAGCUUGCAAGAAAGGCUUACCAUGAUCCAAUGCUGAAGCUCUCAAUCAUGACAGAAGAGGAAUUAGCUCACAUUUUCGGGGAUCUGGAUGCAUAUAUCCCCUUACAUGAGGACCUUUUAAUGAAGCUGACACAAGGGACUGGACCUGAUGGAACAGUGGCUCAGAUAGGGCAGAUAGUAACAGACUGGCUGCCUGGUCUGAAUGCCUACAAAGACUAUUGCAGCAACCAGCUUGCAGCCAAAGCCCUGCUCGACAAGAAGAAGCAGGACAAGCGAGUUCAGGACUUCCUGCAGCGCUGUCUGGAGUCUCCGUUCAGCAGGAAGCUGGAUCUCUGGAGUUUCCUCGACAUCCCACGUUCCCGCUUGGUGAAAUACCCACUGCUCCUGCGAGAGAUCCUCCGACACACUCCCUCUGAUCACCCGGAUGUUGCCAACCUGGAGAAAGCUAUCAGUAUAAUCCAGGAUAUUCUGUCUAGCAUCAAUGUGAGGAAAGGGGAGUCUGAGUGCCAAUACUACAUAGAUAAACUGGAGUAUCUGGAUGACAAGCAGCGGGACCCUCUCAUAGACAACUGUAAGACCCUGCUGUGUCAUGGGGAGCUGCGCAACAAGAGUGGCUUGAGGCUGCAUGUGUUCCUGUUCUCUGAGCUGCUGGUUUUGACCCGACCCGUGACACGUAACGAGAGGAGCUGCUUCCAGGUGUAUCGUCAGCCCAUCCCAGUGCGGGACCUGGCUCUGGAGGACCUGCAGGAUGGAGAGAUCCGCAUGGGGGGCUCCUUCAGAGGGGCUUUCACCAAUGGAGAAAAAGCUAAGAAUGUUUUCCGUGUGAGCUCUUCGGAUCCAACUCACGGCCAUUCCCACACCCUCCAUGUCAAUGACGUCUACCACAAACAGCAGUGGCUCAACUGUCUCCGCACUGCCAUUACCCAGCUACAGGGGGCACCACCUACAGCUCAGGGACAGGCCCUUAGAACCAAGCGCCGCUCCUCCACUCUCUCAGCCCCUGUUUAUGACCAAGGGACAAAUGAAAACUGCCCACCCAUGUCAGGCCCAAAACUCAGGCCUCAGACGCUGUCCAAAACCAGAUUGGACCAGAAGUUACAUGGCUCCCUUCAGAGGAAGGAGACUGGAGUGUAGACAUUUACCCUGAACAAAGGGUAUAAGCACAGACAUGUGCCUGGUUGGGUCACGUGUCUGUGCUCUGUCAGGGUUUCUCAUGCAACCACUGUUUAGUCCUUUUGCUUCAUCUGUAGCUGCACUGAAAAAAGCCUCCCCGAUCAUUUCCGUCCAAAUGUUUUGUCCAGUCUUUUUCAAAUGGUGUCAUUAGUUUACAAAAAGACAAUGUUGUGACUUCAGUGUAUGUUUACACCACAUAAAUGUCUGUGGAGUUAGGGUUUUAUGUGUCUGCUACCUAAGUUAAACAUUUUUCUACCAUUUAUAGCUCUUGAGAUUCUGUUUUGCUGCCCUGUAAUCAAUGUCAGUGUCAGUGCAUGUAUUUUAAUGUGACUAUGUGCUGUUAAGUGCUAUCUAUGGGAUCAAGAAAAAAGGAAGCAACUGAGGAGUAUAAAAAAUAUUUCCGUCAGAUUCUGGUUAAGAUAAAGAGCAAAACAUGAGCAAGAAGACUGACAAUUCAAAAGAAUCUACGUAGAUGUGUUCAGAAUGAUUUGAUCAGAAAAAUAAAAUCAUUAGUUUGUGUUGGAGUUGUGUCCCGAGUAUGAUUUACUUUGAGAUUGUAAACCAAGGUGGUAUCAGUUGUACUUUGGCCCUUCAGUCACUUCCUUUUAUUGUUGACAGAUCUGCGUGGCCUGUUGCGACAUAUGUAGGGGAAAUGGAAGCUGAGGGAAAUGACGUCUACAAAUGUCUUUUGAGGGGAAGUCAAAAUCAGUUAAGCACAAUUUUCAGUUAAAAUACAAGUUAAAGGUUGUAAAUUCUUCAAAAUGGAUCCAAUAUAGGUUGUCUUGAACUAGUACUAGUGAACUACUUUAGGCUGAUGGAA